AGCGGAACCGCGAUAAUUUCAACUCGUAGCUAUUCGACAUGGUUGAGAAGCAGACGCUAACGUACAGCCUCUUUCUGUCUUUACUGUUGGUACUACGUACAUGGGCCAACACAGAGGACCAAGUCUACCUACAGGUCUACCCUCCAGUCAACGACACUGAUGAUCUUACGGAUAUCUACUUUGCUCUCAUGCUUUCUUUCGGAGGAGACUAUGUGAGCAUCGGAGCACUGCCGGGAGUCCAGAUAGCACUCGACUACAUCAACAGUGAACCCUCCAUCCUCCCUGGAUACAGUCUUCACUACACCCUCACAGACUCCCAGUGUAACAGGUCGAUGGCUCUCGAGUCGCUCUUCAAGCAACUCAGCUCGGAACAUGUCAAACUGGGGUUGGUUGGAUCGGGCUGCUCAGUUGCCACAGAGCCCACUGCAGAGAUUUCACAGUUCUUCAACAUCCCUCAGGUUUCAUGUGUCAGCUCCUCAUCUGAGCUAAAGAAUAGGAAUAGAUUUAGGUACUACUUCCAGUUGCUGGCUGCUGAGAGUCAGAUAGCACAAGGCUUCUUUAAGAUCAUCACCCACUAUGGCUGGAAGAGAAUCAGCCUCAUCAUUCAGAAUGAAAACCUCUUCACAGUGACAAUGGAUGUACUGAAGGAGCAACUGGCAGAGUCUGGAGUUGACUUUACUGAAAAGCUCUUCAACACAGAGGACGGAAUCGAUGGACUCAGUGGCGGAAUAUUUGAACCUGACACCAGGAUAUAUGUGGUUGCCAUGUAUGCAAGCCAUGCUCGAGACUUCCUGUGCAAGGCAUACUAUGAAGGGAUAGGGUACCCAAAGUACCUGCUGAUCACAUAUGGCUGGUAUGGCUCAGAGUGGUGGACAGGCAAGGCAUCUUCCAAAAACUUCAACUGUACUCCUGAACAGCGGUCUCAAGCCCUGGCCUACUCCCUGGCACCAAGAGUACAGGAGGCCUUCACUAACCUGACUGCCCCAGAUGUGUCUGGGACUACUGCAGCCAUGUACAUUGAACACUAUCGAGAGGCAGUUCUAAUGGAAGUAAAUGAAGAGAUAAAUUUGAGAUCGUAUAUUCCCGAUCGAUCAGAUCCAUUCUACUAUGCCCAGCACUGCCAUGAGGCCACAUUAACUCUUGCAUUUGCUCUUAACAAAACGAUUAACGACCUAAAGAAUAACGAAGAGCAGAAUACUACUGUGGUCGUUUCAAAAAACCUCGUAGAAAACACCGUUUUUGUAGAAAAGAUGGUCAAAUACCUACAAAACACCAGUUUUGAUGGAUUAUCGGGGAAGACAGUGAGGUUCGAUGAAGAUGGAAUUCGACAAAUUAAUGUGCUCGACGUGUACCAGUAUCAAUGGAAUAACACCAAAAUAUUCCGUGCUAAUGUGGCGGUAGUACAUGUGGAUGAGAGCCUAGUUAUCCACUAUCACCAACCAUUCUCCCGUGAUAGUCCGGGGAUGUGGCCAGAUGGUGUUCCUAAUGAUGGGGUACCAAUUGAGGAUGUGGUGACGGUCUCAGUGGGUCUGACAGUGGUCUAUGUGGUGUUUGCUGCUGCUGGUCUUGCGUUUGCUGUUGUGUGCAUCUUUUUCACACUGAUAUUCAGAAACAGAAAGUUAAUUCGACUCUCCAGUCCUAACCUCAACUACCUGAUUGGACUGGGAGCUAUAGUUCUCUACCUCAAUAUCAUCACUCUCGUCAUUCCCACCACAAACACGCACUUUGCUGCUGUACUCUGCAAUAUCAAUCCCUGGCUGACGUCUCUCGGCUAUUCCCUGUGCUAUGGCACUAUCCUGGCAAAGACAAUCAGGAUAUGGUUCAUCUUCAACAAGCCUCCUGUCCCCUCUGUGACAAAAUCAGUAUGUUGCCUUUUCGGUACAUUCUAAGACUGGUAGUAAGAAGAAAAGUCAAACUAGUUUCCAAAAGCCACGGUCUUUCUCACUUCAAUAGUCAAGAGAGAAAACAUACUUUAUCAGCAUUUUUCGAUGGGGAAAGCAAAUAGAUUUAAUUCUAUGGGGGUUUAAGAUAACCCAGUGGCACUGUUAGCAAAGCUAUUUUAGGGGGAAAUUUCCCAAGUUGCCCCUUAGAAAACCCUGUUUCUGUUCAUAUUUAAUUAACAACACCAUUCUGCAUGAGGUGGAUUAAAUGCGGUUCAUUGUCGGUGGAAAAAACUAAUAAUGGAAUACACGUUCCUUCCCAUUCUCAGAUAGUGAUCAAGGACUAUGCACUGGCUCUGUUUGUCUUCAGUCUGGUAGUAAUAGAUGUCCUCAUUCUUGGGAUAUUCACCCUGGUGGAGGAGGUACUGAGGGGGGAACUUGGCGUCACGAGAACCACCAACAAAGAAAAUAUGGAAGAUACUAUUGGGCCAACAUGUGAAAUCCACCAAUACUACCUGUAUGUCUGCAAGUCAAGGGGACAACUCGCCCUGUUUACAGUUCUCUUUGGGUACAAGGGACUUCUUCAAGUCACGGCACUCAUACUUGCCUUUAACAUCCGCAAAGUCAAAAUCAAGGGUCUGAAUGACUCCAAGUACAUUGCGGCUGCCAUUUACGUCACCAGUAUAGUGCUGGCUGUUACAGCAAUCUCCACUUACACUCUGAUGGACUAUGUCAAUAUCUAUCCAGCUGUGGUGGGAAUGGGGUUUCUGCUAGGAACUACAAUGAUCCUGGGCCUGGUGUUUGUUCCUCGAAUGGUGGGUCUGUACCAGGAUCCACAGGGGGAGAACAUAAAGAUCUCCAUCACUCACAGCUCCCACGACGUCCCACGCAGGGACUCCGUCUACUCCCCAGAGGCUGAGAUUAAGAGACUGAAGCAGCGGAUUGCUGAGCUGGAGAGAAGCCAGCAGCCAUCCCAGACCUUUCAGAUAGGAAGCACAGUGAGCGUAUCAAACCCAGACUACAUGGCCUCCAGCCCGUCAUCAGCCGAGCGCUACCAGAACCACCAGUUACACAUCUAUGCCAGCAGUCAUGAUUCAACAAGAGAUAACCCACUGACUGACACCAAACGUAGCCAUGUCGUGAGGUGGAGUCGGGAUUUCCCAACUCAUAACCCUCUGUAGAGGUGUUGAGAACGGAUUAUGUUUGUUUUUUCACUGUCAGUUGUCAUUUUUGUACAUAAUAUGCAUGCGGUUUUUAUAUUCCCAAAGCCACAUGACACCAUCCCUAUAUCUGUGUUUUAUUGUUCAUAAGCAAAGUUUACAAAGAUAUAGGGAUGGUGUCAUGUGGCUUUGUGCAUAUUUGGUGUGUAAUGACCCCUUGUUUCUUCCUUUUUGGUGCUUCAAGUCAUCCCUAUAUCCCACUUUCAUUUUGAAGAAAUGAUUUUUCCACUUGUAUAUUU